AUGGCAUUGGUUAACCGAAUGUUUAGACGACAAGACGUGCCUCUGGGACUGAAGAGCUGGUGCCGCAGUAAUGCAAAGGCUGCCGCAGAGAAUCGCAGCAAUCGCAAAAUCCAGGCCUCAGAGCCCUUGGAUACCCUGACAGUCCCCUCGGUGGCCGCUUGCACCCAUGAGGAUUAUCUGAGCGGCCGUGAAGAAGACCCUAACAUCCCAGAGGCUAAAACCUCUACCACACCUGAAGAAGCAUCCAACACUGCUCAAGCACAAAAGGCCUCGGUGGCCCGGAGCAAUUAUCAGGGGACCAAGAAAAGUCUCCUGGUGUCCAUAUUAGCACUUAUCUUCAUUAUGGGUAACAGUGCCAAGGAAGUCUUGGUGUGGAAGGUGUUGGGGAAGUUGGGGAUGCAGCCUGGCAGGCAGCACAGCAUCUUUGGAGAUCCAAAAAAAGUCGUCACUAAGGAGUUUGCUCGCAGAUGGUACCUGAUUUAUAAGCCAGUGUCCCCCAGCCGUCCCGUGGAGUACGAGUUCUUCUGGGGACCUUGAGCACACGUGGAAUCCAGCAAGCUGAAAGUUAUGCAUUUUGUAGCAAGGGUGCAUAACUGAUGCUCCAAGGACUGGCCAUGUAAUUACGAUUGGGAUUCAGAUGACGAUGCAGAGGUUGAAGCUAUCCUGAAUUCAGGUGCCAGGAGUUACUCAGGACCCUAAAGGAACUUAGGGCAGUCCCAUGGGAGUGAAAAACAGUCAAAAGUACCCCAAGGAGUAGAUCUCUGGACUCUCAGUUAACAAUACCGGGGCUGGGGAGGGGGGACACUGUUUUGCUAUUUGUUAUCAGUGCUAAUUAACUGCAGAAUAGAGUAUUUGUUUGUAUAUUGUAUAUUUGUAUAUUCAUUGUACUGUACUAUUGGAAUAAUAUGUUUAAAAUAUAAUUGUAGAAGAGUUUUUUAAUUGAGUCAUUUA